CCGGUGGUGCCGCUUUGAGAAGCAGCCUGCAGGGACCGAUAAGAUAAAGCCACCGAAAGCCGAAAGCUACAGUGGAAAGCAGCCCGCCGAAAGCGCUGAGGGGUCCCCUAAGAGAAAAAAAGUUGGAGAAGAAAAUGAGUCGGGUGAUCGCCAUGCACAACUCAGUGCCUAUGACACAUUUUUCGGCGAAGGCUGUUUUCAAUCAAAUAGAAACUCCGACACCGCCAACCCAGGGUUCCCCUCCUUGAAGCCUUCUUUCAUCUUUUCACACAUUAAAACCGCUCCGUUCAUCCCAUCCCGCUCCCGUCCGCCGCUCCCUCUCUUCUCAAUUCCUACAAUGGCCGCAUCAGGCAACGGCGACUUGGAGGCUCUGCAGCUCGGCGCUCCUUCGACCUACGACAGAGCCUCAGACGACUCUUCUUCCAGCGACGAAUCCACAAGCAGAAAGAAGCGCAGUGCCGACUCCAAGAAAAUGGCCGCCAAACGCGGUGCCUCGGAAAUCACCACAAACGGAACCACUGUAGCCGUCACCCAGCGCAGAAACAGCGUCAGCCAAGCUGCACGAGACCCUCGCGAUGAGCCCUCCAUUAAACGCCGUGCUGUUGGUUCCAGCGCUCUUGCUGGACCGCCAUCUCCCAUUAUCGAAGCCGAUGGCUUGAGCCGUGCUUCCAAAGGUACCCGUGCCCGAUUGGAAGAGACCCCCGAAGAAGCCGAAGCCCGUCUAGACAAGAUGCGCGGCGCUGUAAGAACUCUUCUUGAAUGUGUUGGCGAGGAUCCAGACCGUGAGGGUCUGCUUGACACUCCUUCUCGAUAUGCAAAGGCCCUGCUCUUCUUGACCAAGGGCUACCAGGUGAAUGUCGACGACAUUGUUAACAAGGCCCUCUUCCAUGAGGGUCACAACGAAAUGGUUGUCGUCAAGGAUAUUGAGAUUCACAGCUUGUGCGAGCACCACCUGGUGCCCUUCAAUGGCAAGAUGCAUAUUGGCUACAUUCCCCGCGAUACCGUAAUUGGUCUUUCGAAGCUGCCCCGCAUUGCCGAAAUGUUUGCGAGACGCCUGCAGAUCCAAGAACGCCUUACAAAGGACGUCGCCCACGCCAUCAUGGAGAUCCUGAAGCCCCAGGGUGUUGCCGUGGUCAUGGAAUCUAGCCAUCUGUGCAUGGUCAUGAGAGGCGUUCAGCAAACAAGCAGCACUACCAUUACCAGCUGCGUGUUGGGCUGCUUUGAGCGCAAGUCCAAGACCCGAAACGAAUUCCUGAGCCUUGUUGGUGUUAACAGACACUAAUGGGCGAACAAAUAUUCGAAGCCGGCUUGAAAUUGGCCAGCCAGUAUUUCAACACACUGCACAAGUUAAUAUGAAGCACAUAUCGAAGCAUGAGCCCUCUUUUUGGAUGAGGACUGAAUCAGCUUAUCAUUUCUUUUUUUGCGACUUUUGGCACCUUUUCACACACACAUUUUCACACGGCGUUUGCGAUAACAGGCAGGGAACAGGUUGGACGGAAUUUUGGGACCAUGUAUUCAACAAUGGUCAAUACAGACAUGACAUCAUUCAGCACACGUUUGCGUGGAUGGGGAAAACUGGUAGAAUUUAUCAGAGGCUCAACGCCUUGACAGCGGCUCAUUUUGGACACUGCGCGGCAGCGCGUAGCGACAAAAGGCUAUGACGGUGUGUAUUAACAAGCACAUAUAUUUGUCGUAGUUACCUCUUCCCUUGAUCAAUAUACAAAAAAUGUAUUUUAUUCAAC